CAAAUCAACUCAAAUCAAAUCAGUUCAAUCUAUCGAUCCAUCCCUCAAUCGGGUUGUUGCUUUUUUGAAUUUAUUUUUUAUUUUUUUCUUUUCUUAUUUAGACAUCUUCCUCACCACUCAACCACCUCACCUUCUAUACCACACACACACACACACACACAAUGGCUCAGACUCACCGUCGAGGUCCUUGGGUCCCCGAAGAGGACCAGUUGCUUGUCCAGUUGGUGCGCGAACAAGGCCCUAACAACUGGGUGCGCAUCUCGCAACACAUGCACUACCGCUCUCCUAAGCAAUGUCGGGAGCGCUUCCACCAGAACCUCAAACCUUCCCUCAACCGCGAGCCCAUUUCCGCUGAAGAGGGAUUGUUGAUCGAACGCAUGGUGACCGACAUGGGCAAGCGUUGGGCCGAGAUUGCCCGCCGACUGGGCAACCGCAGUGACAACGCCGUCAAGAACUGGUGGAAUGGCAGCAUGAACCGCAAGCGGAGGGGUCUUUCGUCCUCUGCUACCACCGCCACUUCCUUCUCUCGCACAUCCUAUAGCGGCCGUAUCGAGGCACCAUACCCGCGGGCUUCGACCAUCAACAGCAGCCCCCUCAGCCGACGAUUCUCUUCCACCUCGUCUUCCUACUCCACCGUCAACACUCCUAAGCAACUCUCGCCCAUUUACACUCUUCCUUCCAUCAACCGUCCCAUCGAGACCCCUUUGACCUCGCCUGCGUUCUCGGAAACCUCCAAUGCUCCCUCGUUGGUCUCGGAUAACAACUCGAUCUCUUCUGCUUCUCCCCGCACCGCCACUUCCCCACAACUCCUGCCUCCUCCUAUCGACAUGCGCCAGCACUACCACAUGCGGCGCCAAAGUGUUUCGUCGCUGAACAGUGCGGACGAAACCUAUGCUACUGGCUACCAAGGGCCCAAGGCCGUUGACACCUCCGACAUGACCCAAAAGCCCCGAUGGAUGCCCGAACUCCCCAGCUGGCGCCAACACACUGCAGCGCUAACGCAGUCGUGGAUUAUGCCCCCAGAGGAGGUCCGCACACAACCACUGAAGAUUGAGACUCAGACCACAGAACGUGAUUCGCGAAUGGGCCUCAACAACCUUCUGAACUGAAGAAAGAGAAACCAAAAAAAAAAAAAAAAAAGAGAAAAAAAAGAAACAUAAAAAAAAACAACAUUUCCUUUGUUCUGAUUGAUUUUUUACG